UUUUCUCGCGCUAACUCUGGGAAACCUUACUACCGUCUUUCAGCAUCAUCCAAACAUUAGCUUGCUGAGUAAGUUAGCUUUUAGCUACCCAAACUCCCCAUAAAAUAGAGCCGUUUGCCAGGCUAAUCUAUGAGUCGCAAAAGAAACCACAGUUUCGCUGAAACGAGCCUGUCUCCUGAACUCCACGGCGCCUUCAUGGAGCACCCCGGGUCAGCGAGCCGAGCCGACGGCGAUUUCCUGGAGCUGGAGCCCGACGAGGAGCUGCUGUGCUCGGUCAGCGACAUCACCGAGCACCUUGGCAGAAAUAUCACCGUGGUGCUGGAGACAGCGCUGUCUGAGAUCCGCAAAAUGGUCAGCAUCAGGAUACGAGUCCUGAAGAUGGAGCUACGCGAGAAAACCGAAGAAAUUGAAGUGCUAAAGUCGAGACUGGAUCCAGUCGGUAGGGACCCGUCUUACCCCGGCGUUUCGACCAUGGAGCCGUCUGCAGAUGCUGGCUUCAAGAAACCUGACUUCAGCUGUGGCAACAAACACAACAGUGUGGACCCCAGGAGAGCCAAAGCUGUCAUGCCUGGCGUGAAGAAGGAGAAUAUAGAUGCAAUUUGCGACUAUCUGAUGAAAGACAAGAACUCGAGGGGCUGUGCUGAAAUGGACGCAGACCAGAGCAGCCAAGUCAGCGGCGACCGGGAGGUUCGUCAAGAGCCGGACCCGCACUCCCUCAACCUGUGGCCAGACAGCGGGCUGGCUGGCUCCGGGCCUGGCCACGGAGACUCCGAGUCCACCACAGAUGACAUCUUCAGUAUGCUCCCCUCUGGCAGCAAACGGAUGUAUGAGUACGAAUGGAUAGCACCAAUGGAGUAUUCGUCAGACCUGAAAGUCAUGAAGGAGCCUGAGUGUGAGAACACCCCAACCGGUGAGACAGAGGAUGAUGAUGAUGAAGAUGAGGCGCCGAGAAGGGAGGGCAGUGGACUGGAGCAGGACCAGACCCCGCUCUCACACAUCCAGGCCUCUGAGUUCUCCAUGGAGCCCCAGAGCUCUCCAGGGGAGGGAGGGAGUCCCCUGGAGGGCAGCACAGACAGGUCUGCGGCAGGCCAGCAGUUCCCCAGCCACACCUAUAUCUGCUCUCUGUGUGGAACCUUCUGCCCCGACUCUGUGUUCCUUGAGGAACAUGUCAAAAUGAUACACUCGGACUCUGCUGAUGCCCAGGCUCUCCGGGCCCUGCAGUCCACCUGCUCAGCCGCACCUGCCACGGGAGACGGCAGCAGUAACUCCAGGAGAGGCGGAGGGGGGCAGAACGAGGGCGGCACAGCAGUAGGAGAUGGUGCCGCCAUUGGUCGGGGAGGGGGGCCUGUGAAAAAGGAGAUUAAAAUUGAGGGGGGGUACGAGUGCGGGGUCUGUGGCCGCCAUUUUAACUACCUUGGCAACCUGCGGCAGCACCAGCGUAUUCACACUGGAGAAAAGCCCUUCAUGUGUCCGGAGUGUGGGGAGAGGUUCCGCCAUGCAGCCCGUUUAAAAAGCCACCGGCUAGUGCACAGCGGAGCCCAGAGCCCCUUCCCCUGCCCACAGUGCGGGAAAGGUUUCUCUGUGCUCUCCGGACUUAAGAGACACCAACGGGUGCACACUGGCGAGAGCCCAUACGCCUGUCCACAGUGCGGCCGGCGCUUUAAGGAGCUGGGGAACCUGUACACCCACCAGAGGAUCCACAGCGGGGCCACGCCCUACUGCUGCCAGCAGUGUGGACGCAGCUUCCGCCAUCUUGGAACUUACAAGAGCCACCGCUGCACCCCAGCACAGUAACCAACCCAGCUGCUAUUCCAAGAAGUGUGAAAUGUGUCGGAGGCAGGACUUGGUGCUGACUCUGAGUGCGGCUCUCCACUGGCACCGGGGGAGGUGCUGGUCAUGUGGAGAGCAGGGCUGGUAUUCUUUCGUUCGCGUUCUGUCACAUUCAUGAUAUUUCACCCCUGCGUCAGGACAAGCUUUAUCAUAGAGCUCGACAUCUUAAACAGCAGUUUGACAAAACAAUGUCAACUCAGAGCGUUCAUCUUCAUCACAUAGGCUCCUUAUCAGCAGACGGAGUUUGCCGAGUUGUCGUGGUACUGUAGCUGUUCAAACUUCAAAGGACUUUGCGUCCAUGUUGACUUAAAAGUUGGAUGGGUAUUUUUGACUACAGAAACAGACAACUCCACGACAUCAGAGCAAAGUCCAUCUGCUGAUGGAGACUGCAGGGUGUGGUUGAGAGCUGCAGAACAAGCUAGUUACUUUAAGGUGAGAAUGUUUUGUUAAGAGCAGUAUCAGAGGCCAUCAGACAGCACAUAGUAAGAGGUGAUUGUGUUUUACGUGAAAUUAAACUUGUCGUGGGGGGGAGGUGAGACAGGCCUGGAAUCAUCAGUGCAGAUGCUCAGAAAUGGAAUACUCCAGUGGUUUAGCGUUUUUUGCCAAUUUACUAUCAUUUGCAUAUACUUUAAAAGAUAACUCCUGUUGAUCACAACUUGAGUUUGUAGUUUUGCCAGUCCAUUUCUAUCAGUAAUAAGAACAUUGUACUCAGUGUACUCAAGUCCAGUGAGCAAGAAACAAGCAGUCAGAUGAUCAGGCAAGUUGGAAAUAAACCCUCUGAUCAGUGAAACUUAUUUGCAACAGUGCAGUUAUUACCCAAACUGUCUGUUGUAAACAUCCAUCACAGUUUGCAGACCCACUUCCUGCUUCAACUUUGACCUGUUGUGCUUAUUGUAGUUUUGGGAUCUGUUGCUCAGACUUCCUGGAUUGUAUUUCAUACCACCCCAACAUGCAUUUCUCACUGGUUCCUGAAGCAGCUAGGGUUGCAGUGGUAUACCGGUUUCACAGUUUGCUACAGUAUGAAAAUUGAUGGUUAUCCCACAUGUACAUAUACAUGUGCUCAUCUACGGUAAGGAAUUCUAUUGUAUUAGUGUUAUUUAAAAAAAUGCAGGCGGAGAAUCUCACCAGCGCAUGUUCUUACCUCCUCAACUCGCCUGUCAGACUCAUCAACUUGCGCCAUACAGUCACAUCCCUCCUGUGGAGAAAAUGUCAGAGACAGGAGCAAGGCUGAUAUCACCAAUUUCCCAUCCCCUGAAAAAAUAACUUUGAAUAUCCCAAAUACCAAAUACUUGUCAUUGAGGACGGAUAUCUAGUUUUUAAAAAAAUGUGGACUUGUGGCCAAAGACAACGUUAUGUCUGUCCUUUUAGUAACGUCCAACUUACAAACGCCACAUCUUACCCCGAUCUGACCCCUUAAAGAAAGCAGGCAAACAUCCCCGGCUCGCGGGGCCUGACAUAAGUGAGUGUGAGUUAGAAGUACAGACAGGAGCAGUCUGGCUGCGAGGUUGCACACCAGUGUAAGUUAAUUGUUAAUAAUCACAGGACGUUCUUUAUGCUCGCAGCUCCAUUUUUUUCAUGUCGUAGUUCAUUUAACAUGCUAUAGUGCUGACAUGUAAACGAACUAACUUUAGUUAAAUCACAAAAACCCUUCUCUUUUCAUUCCUUUGGGAGUCAUGGCAAUUGUGUAACAUAUACUGUGAUGUUUUAUGAGGCGGACUGGGGAAAGAUCAUACCAUUUCAACCCUAGAAACAUCACACCCCCAGCCACGCAGCCUGCUGCAUGGAACAGAAGUGUUUGAGAGUCAGAUUUUCUAUAUGGGUAGACGCUCCUUUUUCAAUGGAGCUAAUUUUACCAGCCAUUAAGCACAGGGGUGGAUAUUUGUCAUUUAGUAUCACCUUAAUGGGCAGCACACGUCGGAUUGACACAUCCGGGCUUAGCUUGAAGAAACAUAUAUGGUUAAAAAAGACAUGGUUCUAGCACAAUAGGAACUCCCAUAGAGAUAAUGAAGUGAGAGUUACAUUCAUGUCGGUACGCUGGACAUUAGAUAGAGACUUUGGUGAAAUGUAACAUUGAAAAUGUUGAUUACAUCAGGGGGAUCCAUUCAUUUGCACCUAAACCUGCUCAGCCUCCAGGACACUCUGCCGUACCCUCACUGUACCUGAUCAGUUGGACACCACCACCCACAUGUGGACUGACUGUGUAGCUACAACAAGAAAGCUCUGGGUCACACUGCUGACUGUCUUUUAUCAUGCCACUGCUUGGUGCUAUGUGUAGAGCAGAAAGUUUAUCAUAUAAUUUCUAACCAGUGUAAUCUCAUGUUACAGACUAUAUAUUGGUUAUUUUAUAUGUUUGCCUGUAUGAUGAUUAAAAAGUGUUUAAAAAAAACUUGAACUAAAAUAACAUCCCAAGCUUGUCAGAUUAGUUUCCAACGAGCUUCUGUGUCUUAGCACUGUGUGGAAGACUAAAAGCAAGAAAACAACGCAUCUAAACCUGUGGAAGUGAAAUGCGACCCACAGACAAUCUGCUUUCUAAUAAAAAGAGUUGUCUUAUG